AUGACUUCAUUACUGUUAAUUCAAUUUGGUAAUUCGUUAAAAAAAUUAUGAAAACCAUUUCCACAAUGAUGAAUUCUGAGUCCAUUUAUUUGGCGGUUUUUAUUUCAUUAUUAACAAUUUCAUCAGCCCGAGGUAAUUAUGGUUAUGGACAACAAUAUGGCAAUCAAGUUUGCGAUAAAAAUGUUCAUCAACGAGCAAAAGAAAUGAUUCGUGUUGAAAUGCAACGUGGACAACCAGUAAAUAGUGGAAAUCCACCUUACGAUACAAGAUAUCCGGGUUUAACAAACAGUUAUCAAGCUAACAAUUAUACCAAUAACCGUAACUACCUCCCUGAUCAAUUAAAUGAUCAUCAAUGCAAAUUGAUGAGACAGGCAUUCGACGAUUUGCUUAUAAAUACACCUUUAUGUGAUCCUAUUGGAUCCUACCAAUUUCAGGCAUCAUCUGAUUUGAUACAACAAGCAAGAAAUUUCCUGGUGCAACAUUGUGAAAGAAAUCAAGGCUGGCGUUAUGCUCAAUGCUUUAAACGUAGAGAAGUUAUUGAAUGCGAAAAUCAAUAUAAUUAUCUCAAGUCAAGAACUCCCGAUCAAGGACGAAAUUAUGCGCGCAAUAACAAUAAUGAACCAAUCAGUUACGAAGUUUGUCAAGCUUUUGAAACGUUUCGCAAUUGUGUCAUAUCUCAAAGCCGUUCAUGUUAUACUACUGAUUUAGAAUUACUUGGCACAUAUUUUGUCGAUAAAGCUCAUAAUGCAGCUUGGUCAUGCAUUCCAUCACACAUGACAGCUAUAUCCGAUUCAUAUUCACGACGAACUGAUCUAUCAUAUCAACAAAAUCCUGGCAGUAGAUAUUAUCCACAACAACAACCACCUUAUGGCCAAUUUCAGAAUAUUCCGAAUUUAAAUAAUAAUCCAAUUUCACCAUAUCAAACACAGAAUCAACCAUUCCCAAUCGAUACAAUUGACCGUGCUGGAGUUGGUGGUGCCUUGUCUGGUAUACAUACCGGUACAGUUUCCGUAUGUAUUGAACGUGUUCGUCCAUUUGAAAAUUCUUGUCUUGAUCAUUUGAUAAUGCGACAACGUGAAGCAAGAUAUGGACGAAGUAGUAAUGAUGUUCAACGUCGUAUAUGCUGCGCUUUAUUUCGCUAUCGCGAUUGCUUAAGUCGUGUUGUUUUGGAACGAUGUUUUGACAAUUCAAGAGUUACCGUCGAUAUACUAAUGGGAGAUAGAAAUCGUGAAAUAACUCAAUCGUGUCGAGAUGUUACUCGUGAUCAAUGUAACAACGCCAAACGGCUGUUGGUUUCUUUCCAUUUGAUGUUCGUGUCAUUGAUUACUAUUUUUACACUGAACAGUUUUUUCCGAUAA